AGGCCAGGCCCAGGCCCCCCCAGACAGACUGACGGACCGAGGCUCUGAGGAAGGCAGCGGGGAAGGCGAGCACCUCCACCGAGUCCUUUAUCCCUCCCAGCGGCCUUCACCCUUUCAUUGCCAGGCCGACACCGGACUCCUCUCAAAGGAGCAGCUGCCAGACAGCUGGCAAAACAAUGGAGACCCUGCUUCCCUGGGCCCCCUCCCCUUGGGACAGAAGACGGGGGUCGGGUGGGUGAACGGUAGGCUUUGGGGAUUAGGGCGUGCCAGCUGUCCCCUGCGAAUGGCUGCUCACCUCACCUCUCCCUGCCAAGGGGUGGGGUGCGUGUGGGAACGUUGGACUGCCUGCCCCAGGCCUCUGGGAGAGACUGCCCUGAUGCCCCGCCCUGCGAACCUGUCAUGCCAGUUGCUUCGCCAAUGGGAAGGGGAGAUGCAGCAAGGUGGGGCACGAAGGCCCUGUGCUGAGCACCCGUAAUCCUCUGGGGGGCCACCCCUAAAAAUAGCACCCCACCAUGUUUAACCUAAUGAAGAAAGACAAGGACAAGGAUGGCACGCGGAAGGAGAAGAAGGAGAAAAAGGAGAAGAAGGAGCGGAUGUCAGCAGCGGAGCUGCGGAGCCUGGAAGAGAUGAGCCUGAGGCGUGGCUUCUUCAACCUGAACCGCUCCUCCAAGCGUGACUCGAAGGCACGCUUGGAAAUCUCCAACCCCAUCCCCAUCAAGGUGGCCAGCAGCUCCGACCUGCACCUGACUGACAUCGACUCCGACAGCAACAGGGGCAGUGUCAUCCUGGACUCGGGCCACCUGAGCACAGCCAGCUCCAGCGAUGACCUCAAGGGUGAGGAAGGCAGCUUACGGGGCUCGGUGCUGCAGCGGGCAGCCAAGUUCGGCUCCCUGGCCAAGCAGAACUCACAGAUGAUUGUCAAGCGCUUCUCCUUCUCCCAGCGCAGCCGAGAUGAGAGCGCCUCAGAAACCUCCACCCCCUCAGAGCACUCUGCCGCCCCGUCUCCACAGGUGGAGGUGAGGACCCUAGAGGGACAGCUGAUGCAGCAUCCCGGCCCAGGCAUCCCUCGACCAGGACCUCGGUCCCGAGCCCCUGAGCUGGUGACUAAAAGGUUCCCGGCUGACCUGCGCUUGCCCCCCGUGGUGCCCCCGCUACCCCCUGCGCUCCGGGAACUGGAACUGCAGCGACGGCCCACGGGGGACUUUGGCUUCUCCCUGCGACGCACAACCAUGCUGGAUCGGGGCCCUGAAGGCCAGGUCUAUCGGAGGGUGGUUCACUUUGCUGAGCCCGGUGCAGGCACCAAGGACCUGGCCCUGGGGCUGGUGCCGGGUGAUCGUCUGGUGGAGAUUAAUGGGCACAAUGUGGAGAGCAAGUCCAGGGAUGAGAUUGUGGAGAUGAUCCGGCAGUCUGGGGACAGCGUGCAGCUCAAGGUGCAGCCCAUCCCGGAGCUCAGCGAGCUGAGUCGGAGCUGGCUGCGGAGCGGCGAGGGACCCCGCAGGGAGCCAGCCCAUCUAGAGGGCAGCUCAAAGGGCAGCAGUGGCCCAUCUAAGAGUCCUCAGCCUUCCACCAGCCCUGUACCCUCAGAGGCUCCCCAGAGAGCCAAGAGCCCUGCAUCCACACUCGCCAUGAACGGCCCGAGGACUGCCUCAGUGGAAGGCCCCGGCGAGGAGGCCCAGGGCCUGUCCCGGAAGAGGGUGGCGAAUGCAGUGAGGAAGGUGGUGAGCAAGGUGCUGCCUGGUGAGGAACCUGGGAGCGCCAAGGAGCCUGCGGGCAGAGGGGUCAAAUCUCCUGAGCACCCAGCUCGAGGCAGGAAGGGAGAAAAGGCAGCCCCUCCCGCUCCCCCUGCUCGGCCUAAGUCCGAAGCAGAGAAGGAGGCCGCCAAGGAUGAGCUCUCCGCGGGCCUGCGGAGCCUGAUGUCUCGGGGCAGGGGCAAGGACCACAGGCCGCGUGGCAGGCAGUCUCCCGGGAAGGGAGAGAAGCCCUCCAGCCAGGAGCCGGGCUCCUCGGGGAAACCAGUCUCCCCAGAGACGGUGGACGCCUCAGAGAAGCUAGGCUCCCCAGCCCAGCCGGAAGAGCUGGCGGACCCAGGCUCCGCCGACCCGAACCUCAAGUCGAACCUCACUGGAUUGCGACAGAACAAGUCACCAGCCCCUGACGUGCAGCAGGAGGCAGGAGCUGCCCCCGAGGUCCAGCUGACCCCCGUGGAGGAGGCCCACCAGCGGCUUGAGAGGAUCUUCACAGCUCCUCUGGACCCUGAGGCCGCCUCUCCUGCCCACAGCCAGGUGAAGACAGAAGAGCAGAUCGCAGCUGAGGAGGCCUGGUAUGAGACAGAGAGGGUGUGGCUGGUCCAUAAGGAUGGCUUCUCACUGGCCACUCAGCUCAAAUCCGAGGAGCUCAGCUUGCCCGAGGGGAAGGUGCGCGUGAAGCUAGACCAUGAUGGAGCCAUCCUGGAUGUGGACGAGGAUGACGUGGAGAAGGCUAAUGCUCCUUCCUGUGACCGUCUGGAGGAUCUGGCCUCGCUGGUGUACCUCAAUGAGUCCAGCGUCCUGCACACGCUGCGCCAGCGCUAUGGCGCCAGCCUGCUGCACACGUACGCCGGCCCCAGCCUGCUGGUCCUCAGCCCCCGGGGGGCCCCCGCUGUGUACUCGGAGAAGGUGAUGCACAUGUUCAAGGGGUGUCGGCGGGAGGACAUGGCCCCCCACAUCUAUGCCGUGGCCCAGACCGCAUACAGGGCGAUGCUGAUGAGCCGUCAGGACCAGUCCAUCAUCCUCCUGGGCAGUAGUGGCAGUGGCAAGACCACCAGCUGUCAGCAUCUGGUGCAAUAUUUGGCCACCAUCGCAGGCACCAGUGGGAAUAAGGUGUUUUCUGUGGACAAGUGGCAGGCUCUGUACACCCUCCUGGAAGCCUUUGGGAACAGCCCCACCAUCAUGAACGGCAACGCCACCCGCUUCUCCCAGAUCCUCUCCCUGGACUUUGACCAAGCCGGCCAGGUGGCCUCAGCCUCCAUUCAGACGAUGCUUCUGGAGAAGCUGCGUGUGGCACGACGCCCAGCCGGUGAGGCCACAUUCAAUAUCUUCUACUACCUGCUGGCCUGUGGGGAUGGCACCCUCAGGACAGAGCUCCACUUGAACCACUUGGCAGAGAACAAUGUGUUUGGGAUUGUACCACUGGCCAAGCCUGAGGAGAAGCAGAAGGCGGCUCAGCAGUUCAGCAAGCUCCAGACGGCCAUGAAGGUGCUGGGCAUCUCCCCCGACGAGCAGAAAGCCUGCUGGCUCAUCCUGGCUGCCAUCUACCACCUGGGGGCUGCAGGCGCCACCAAAGCUGGGCGCAGGCAGUUUGCCCGCCACGAGUGGGCCCAGAAGGCUGCGUACCUGCUGGGCUGCAGCCUGGAAGAGCUCUCCUCGGCCAUCUUCAAGCACCAGCACCAGGGCGGCACCCUGCAGCGCUCCACCUCCUUCCGCCAGGGCCCCGAGGAGAGCAGCCUGGGGGAUGGCACAGGCCCCAAACUGAGUGCACUGGAGUGCUUGGAGGGCAUGGCGUCCGGCCUCUACAGCGAGCUCUUCACGCUUCUCAUCUCCCUGGUGAACAGGGCUCUCAAGUCCAGCCAGCACUCACUCUGCUCUAUGAUGAUUGUGGACACUCCCGGCUUCCAGAACCCUGAGCAGGGUGGGUCGGCCCGCGGGGCCUCCUUUGAGGAGCUGUGCCACAACUACGCCCAGGACCGGCUGCAGAGGCUCUUCCAUGAGCGCACCUUUGUGCAGGAGUUGGAAAGAUACAAGGAGGAGAACAUCGAGCUGGCAUUUGACGACUUGGAGCCAGCCACAGAUGACUCUGUGGCCGCCGUGGACCAGGCCUCCCAUCAGUCCCUGGUCCGCUCGCUGGCCCGCACGGAUGAGGCGAAGGGCCUGCUAUGGUUGUUGGAAGAGGAGGUGCUGGUGCCAGGGGCCACUGAGGACGCCCUCCUGGAGCGCCUUUUCUCCUACUAUGGUCCCCAGGAAGGUGACCGAAAAGGCCAAAGCCCCCUCCUGCGCAGCAGCAAACCGCACCAUUUUCUCCUGGGCCACAGCCAUGGCACCAACUGGGUGGAGUACAACACGGCUGGCUGGCUGAGCUACACCAAGCAGAACCCGGCCACCCAGAACGCCCCCCGGCUCCUGCAGGACUCCCAGAAAAAAAUCAUCAGCAACCUGUUUCUGGGCCGGGCGGGCAGCGCCACGGUGCUCUCAGGCUCCAUUGCGGGCCUGGAGGGCGGCUCACAGUUGGCGCUGCGCCGGGCCACCAGCAUGCGGAAAACCUUCACCACAGGGAUGGCGGCUGUCAAGAAGAAGUCCCUGUGCAUCCAGAUUAAGCUGCAGGUGGACGCCCUCAUUGACACCAUCAAGAAGUCAAAGCUGCAUUUCGUGCAUUGCUUCCUGCCUGUGGCAGAGGGCUGGGCGGGGGAGCCCCGUUCCGCUCACUCCCGCAGAGUCAGCUGCAGCAGUGAGCUGGACCUGCCCCCGGGAGACCACUGCGAGGCCGGGCUCCUGCAGCUGGACGCGCCCCUGCUCCGCGCCCAGCUUCGAGGCUCCCGCCUGCUUGAUGCUGUGCGCAUGUACCGCCAAGGUUACCCUGACCACAUGGUGUUUUCUGAGUUCCGCCGCCGCUUCGACGUCCUGGCCCCGCACCUGACCAAGAAACACGGGCGCAACUACAUUGUGGUGGAUGAAAAGCGGGCGGUGGAGGAGCUGCUGGAGUCCUUGGACCUGGAACAGAGCAGCUGCUGCAUGGGCCUGAGCCGGGUGUUCUUCCGGGCAGGCACACUGGCACGGCUGGAGGAGCAGCGGGAUGAACAAACCAGCAGGAACCUGACCCUGUUCCAGGCAGCCUGCAGGGGCUACCUGGCCCGUCAGCACUUCAAGAAGAAAAAGAUCCAAGACCUGGCCAUUCGCUGUGUGCAGAAGAACAUCAAGAAGAACAAAGGGGUGAAGGACUGGCCCUGGUGGAAGCUUUUCACCACGGUGCGACCCCUCAUUGAGGUACAGCUGUCGGAGGAGCAGAUCCGGAACAAAGACGAAGAGAUCCAGCAGCUGAGGAGCAAGCUUGAGAAGGUGGAGAAGGAGCGGAACGAGCUGCGGCUCAGCAGUGACCGGCUGGAGACCCGGAUCUCAGAGCUGACAUCGGAGCUGACGGAUGAACGUAACACGGGAGAGUCCGCCUCCCAGCUGCUGGACGCGGAGACCGCCGAGAGGCUCCGGGCUGAGAAGGAGAUGAAGGAGCUGCAGACCCAGUAUGAUGCACUGAAGAAGAAAACGGAGGUGAUGGAAAUGGAGGUGAUGGAGGCCCGUCUCAUCCGGGCAGCUGAGAUCAACGGGGAAGUGGAUGACGAUGACACAGGUGGCGAGUGGCGCCUGAAGUAUGAGCGAGCAGUGCGGGAGGUGGACUUCACCAAGAAGCGGCUCCAGCAGGAGUUUGAGGACAAGCUGGAGGUGGAGCAGCAGAGCAAGAGGCAGCUGGAGAGGCGGCUUGGAGACCUGCAGGCAGAUAGUGACGAGAGCCAGCGAGCCCUGCAGCAGCUCAAGAAGAAGUGCCAGCGGCUGACGGCCGAGCUGCAGGACACCAAGCUGCACCUGGAGGGCCAGCAGGUCCGCAACCACGAGCUGGAGAAGAAACAGAGGAGGUUUGACAGUGAGCUCUCGCAGGCACAUGACGAGGCCCAGCGGGAGAAGCUGCAGCGGGAGAAGCUGCAGCGGGAGAAGGACAUGCUCCUCGCCGAGGCUUUCAGCCUGAAGCAGCAGAUGGAGGAGAAAGACAUGGACAUUGCGGGAUUCACCCAGAAGGUUGUGUCAUUGGAGGCUGAGCUCCAGGACAUCUCUUCCCAAGAGUCCAAGGAUGAGGCCUCUUUGGCCAAGGUCAAGAAACAGCUCCGAGACCUGGAGGCCAAGGUCAAGGAUCAGGAAGAGGAGCUGGAUGAGCAGGCGGGGACCAUCCAGAUGCUGGAGCAGGCCAAGCUGCGGCUCGAGAUGGAGAUGGAGCGGAUGAGGCAGACCCAUUCCAAGGAGAUGGAGAGUCGGGAUGAGGAGGUGGAGGAGGCCCGGCAGUCAUGUCAGAAAAAGUUAAAGCAAAUGGAAGUACAGCUCGAGGAGGAGUAUGAGGACAAGCAGAAGGUGCUGCGGGAAAAGCGGGAGCUGGAGAACAAGGUGGCCACGCUCAGUGACCAGGUGAACCAGCGAGACUUUGAGUCAGAGAAGCGGCUCCGGAAAGACCUGAAGCGCACCAAGGCCCUGCUGGCAGAUGCUCAGAUCAUGCUGGACCACCUGAAGAACAACGCACCCAGCAAGAGGGAGAUCGCCCAGCUGAAGAACCAGCUGGAGGAGUCAGAGUUCACCUGUGCAGCAGCCGUGAAAGCGCGCAAAGCAAUGGAGGUGGAGAUCGAAGACCUGCACCUGCAGAUUGACGACAUCGCCAAAGCCAAGACGGCGCUGGAGGAGCAGCUGGGCCGCCUUCAGCGUGAGAAGAAUGAGAUGCAGAGCCGGCUGGAGGAGGAUCAGGAGGACCUGAAUGAGCUGAUGAAGAAGCACAAGGCAGCCGUGGCUCAGGCCUCCCGGGAUCUGGCUCAGAUGAAUGAUCUCCAAGCUCAGCUAGAAGAAGCCAACAAAGAGAAGCAAGAGCUACAGGAGAAGCUACAAGCCCUCCAGAGCCAAGUGGAGUUCCUGGAGCAGUCCAUGGUGGACAGGUCCCUGGUGAGCAGGCAGGAAGCUAAGAUCCGGGAGCUGGAGACACGCCUGGAGUUCGAAAGGACCCAAGUGAAGCGGCUGGAGAGCCUGGCCGGCCGGCUCAAAGAGAACAUGGAGAAGCUGACCGAGGAACGGGAUCAGCGCACGGCGGCUGAGAACCGGGAGAAGGAGCAGAACAAGCGGCUACAGCGGCAGCUCCGGGACACCAAGGAGGAGAUGGGCGAGCUUGCCAGGAAGGAGGCCGAGGCGAGCCGCAAGAAGCAUGAACUGGAGAUGGAUCUGGAGAGUCUGGAAGCUGCUAACCAGAGCCUGCAGGCUGAUCUGAAACUGGCGUUCAAGCGCAUCGGGGACCUGCAGGCCGCCAUUGAGGACGAGAUGGAGAGUGAUGAGAACGAGGACCUCAUCAACAGUUUGCAGGACAUGGUGACAAAGUAUCACAAAAGAAAGAAUAAACCCGAGGGGGACUCAGAUGUGGACUCAGAGCUAGAGGACCGGGUCGACGGGGUCAAGUCAUGGUUGUCCAAAAACAAGGGGCCUUCCAAGGCGGCUUCCGAUGAUGGCAGCUUGAAGAGUUCCAGCCCCACCAGCUACUGGAAGUCCCUUGCCCCUGACCGGUCAGAUGACGAGCACGACCCUCUCGACAGCACCUCCAGGCCCCGAUACUCCCACAACUAUCUGAGUGACAGCGACACAGAGGCCAAGCAGACAGAGACCAACGCAUAGCCCAGGGGAGUGGUGUGCACCCCUCCCACCCACGGCCUAUGCUGCCACGGCGCCUCUCCCGGGAAAUGGCGGGGCACAGGUCUCCCCCACCUGACCGCUGAUCUGCAUGGGAAACACCCGACCCUCUUCCGUCAGGGGGCUUCCCAGGCUGUGGGUAUCUGACUUUCCACGUGGAAGAGGUGGAGGGAAGAGCAGUUCUGAAAAGAGAACUUUCUGCUCCCGCCUUGGGCCACCGUGGAUGGCAGGUGGCUUGGCACUGCAUAGAGCCAGCAAGUUGACCUCCAUCUCAGCCCCCUCCCCCCGCUCAGGGACGUUGGACAGAUUGCCUACUGGGACGUUCUCGGGUCGCUGGGUCCAUGGGGAGGAGUUUGGGGUGGGGGAGGGCUUUCUCUUCUCAGUGCCUGCUGUCUUACUACUUUUUAAUUUAAAUACCCAACCUCUCCAUCACAGCUGCAUCCCUGAGAGGGGGAGGGGGCUGUGGUGGCAGCCGGCCCGCCUCCCCGCACCGGGGAUGACGAGGGGAACCUCAGCUUCAUCUUUACUCUUCAGAGAGCAGUCCUUUCUUUGUGCAGCUGGAGAGACCCGUGAGCAGAGCUGGGCCCAGGUUCUUAA